CAAACUUCAUGCUUUUAGGCUAUGAACUAUGUUUCCCCAAAUACCCUUUAUGCAUUUCAAUCAUUCUAGACUUCUAAGCUCAGGUUUUGUGAUUCUUGGAAUGGAAAGAAGCCAAUUCUUUGAGGGGUAUUUUUGAUAUUUAAGAAGAAAAUGUGGAUAAUUGAAACUGGGGUUUAUCAUUUGAUUUGAUUUGUUCCCAAAAGGAUUUCUUGUUUCUAUUUUUUUUUGUUAUUUAAAGUUUAUGAUUUUGGCUUAUGUACAGAAAGUUUAUAAGACUAAACAAAAAGUUAAGGCUCUUUUUGGGUGAGUGUGAUUCACAAUCAGAAAGGUGGGCAGAAAGUUGACUUUUUUCUUUUUAGUAGUUGACUUCAAGAACCAAGAGAUAAUUAUAUUAAAAAAAAGUGAGAAGUCUACACAAUGGGUUCUCUUUGCACCAAACUCUUUCCAUGUUGUCUGGUUUCGUCACAAGAUUCAUUGGUGCUUGAGGAUCCAAAUACUGGAAACAAGGACGAGGAGUCGAGUGAUCCAACUGCAUUCAAAGAAUUCAGGUUGGAGCAACUUAAAAAUGCCACAUCUGGUUUUGCUGUGGAGAACAUUGUUUCUGAGCACGGUGAGAAGGCGCCAAACGUUGUCUAUAAAGGGAAACUUGAGAAUCAAAUGAGGAUAGCUGUAAAGCGCUUUAAUCGAUCAGCUUGGCCUGAUUCUCGACAGUUUAUGGAAGAAGCAAAAUCUGUUGGCCAGCUUCGUAAUGGUAGGCUUGCCAAUCUCCUUGGUUGCUGCUGUGAAGAUGACGAGAGGCUACUUGUGGCCGAAUACAUGCCCAAUAAUACACUUGCGAAACAUCUUUUUCACUGGGAAUCACAACCAAUGAAGUGGGCAAUGAGGUUACGGGUUGUGCUACAUCUUGCAGAAGCUCUUGAAUAUUGUACAAGUAAAGGCCGUGCUCUUUACCAUGACCUCAAUGCUUACCGAGUCUUAUUUGAUGAGGAAGGUAAUCCCAGACUUUCGUGCUUUGGACUAAUGAAGAAUAGCAGGGACGGGAAAAGUUAUAGUACAAAUCUUGCGUUUACUCCUCCCGAGUAUUUGAGAACUGGGAGGGUGACUCCGGAAAGUGUCAUAUAUAGCUUUGGGACUCUUUUGCUUGACCUUCUUAGUGGGAAGCACAUCCCUCCCAGCCAUGCUCUUGACUUGAUAAGGGACCGAAAUCUUCAAAUGCUUACGGAUUCAUGUCUAGAAGGACAAUUUUCAAAUGAUGAUGGAACCGAAUUGGUGCGUCUGGCUUCUCGUUGUUUGCAAUAUGAACCUCGUGAACGCCCAAAUCCGAAGUCGGUAGUGUCUGCUCUAAUUUCUCUUCAACAGGAGACCGAGGUUCCUUCACUCGUCUUGAUGGGCCUCCAAAUGACUACAUCAUUCUCGCCUCGAUCUCCACUUGGUGAAGCUUGCUUGAGAAUGGAUCUGACUGCAAUACACGAGAUCAUGGAAAAGCUUUCGUAUAAGGAUGAUGAAGGACAAACAACCGAGCUCUCAUUUCAAAUGUGGACCGAUCAAAUGCAAGAGUCGCUAAACGCGAAAAAGAAGGGUGAUGCCGCAUUUCGGCACAAAGAAUUUAGUACUGCAAUCGAGUGCUAUACUCAGUUCAUUGAACACGGACCUAUGGUAUCUCCAACUGUAUAUGCUCGACGUAGUUUAGCAUACCUCAUGAACAACAUGCCUCAAGAAGCUUUAGGUGAUGCAAUGCAAGCACAAGUCAUCUCACCUGUGUGGCACAUUGCUUCAUAUCUACAAGCCGCCGCGCUUUUCACCCUUAAAAUGGAAACCGAAGCCCAGGUGGCUCUCAAGGAGGGUGUUACUCUUGAAGCCAGGAAAACCGGAGCCACUAUCAAUGGACAAUAACCAAGUUGUUGCCAUUGUUGUAUACUGUAAAUUGCUGUUAUUAAUCUUCAAAUAUUUUCUUUUGUGUGAAAAACGAGAACCAGGUAAAAGAGAGGCGGUUCUUUAGUAUGUGUAUCAAAACGACAAUUUUUCCUCUGGGUUUAAUGUUUCUUUCUUUUACCUUGCCUAUAUAUGGAUUAAAUUGUGUAUUUGAGAAAUAGAGAAACAGAUUUGGUGGGAAAACACAGAUUGUAAAGCAAGAACACAGUUGGACAACACAUAUGUAGUUUUUUGUAUGUAAUGACAAUCUUGCCUUCAUUUUUGUC